CACUGCAGUGAUCCUCUUGCCGGCGAAAAAUAAAAACAAAAUAAAAAAAUAUGUUUGGGUCGCUUGCAAAUUACCUUAGCAACGUUGAGCGCUGUGCCGAAGCCUGCAGUGGUCAAGCUCUGAGCGACUUUCUUUCACUGCGCGACAUUCACGUACAUAACGACAAGCUGCAUGUUGCCCAGCCGGAGAAGAUGGUAGAGCGCUACUUGGCUGCGCCACUGGACGAGGUGGUAGGCGCCCAUCUGAAGGUGAUCUAUUAUCUGGCGCAGAACCCGACCAACUACAUGGAGGCCUACACUCAACAGGCGGCCUGUUGCUCGGCGGUGGUGAAGCUGCUGCAGAUGAUGAAGGACGAGAACUGGUGCCUCCCGGUAAUGUACCGCGUGUGCCUGGACCUGCGCUACCUUGCCCAGGCCUGCGAGAAGCAUGGGCGCAGUUUCACACCCGGCCAAAUACUGGAGAAGGCAGCAGACUGCAUGAUGGCCUGCUUCCGAGUGUGUGCCGCCGACGGACGCGCCUCCGAGGAGGAGACCAAACGCCUGGGGAUGAUGAACCUGGUGAACCAGCUAUUCAAGAUAUAUUUCCGCAUCAAUAAGAUCCAUCUGUGUAAGCCCCUCAUCCGAGCCAUCGACAACUGUGCCUUCAAGGACACCUUUCCACUGCCCGAGCAGAUAACCUACAAAUACUUCGUCGGGCGCCGAGCCAUGUUCGACUCCAACUACCGCGUGGCCGUCGAGGACUUGUCGUAUGCCUUCACCCACUGCCCGGACCGCUUCGGCAGCAACAAGCGUUUGAUACUAAUCUACUUGGUACCUGUGAAAAUGCUGCUUGGCUACCUGCCCAGCAAGGCGCUACUCCAGCGCCACGAUCUGCUGCUCUUCCACGACCUGGCCCAGACCCUGAAAGCCGGAAAUGUCAACAAGUUCGAUGAGAUUGUACGCGAUAACGAGAAGGUGCUGAUCCGAAGCGGCAUCUAUUUGCUGGUCGAGAAGCUCAAGUUCAUCGUCUAUCGAAAUCUAUUCAAGAAAGUGUUUGCCAUCCGCCAGACUCACCAGCUGGACUUGGGCGACUUUAUGACGGCGCUGCAGUUCGUUGGCGUUACGGACGUGUCCCUCGACGAGACGCACUGUAUCAUUGCCAAUCUCAUCUACGAGGGUAAGAUCAAGGGCUACAUCUCAUAUGCCCACAACAAGCUGGUUGUAUCCAAGCAGAACCCCUUUCCUCCAUUGAUAUCAGUGUAAUGCAUUUGAUGGAAUUUCAACAUUAUUAAGUUAAUAUGGAUAUCCAUAUGAAUGGAUCGACUCUAACUAGUAAUUAUUCUUAAGCGAUUGUUUGAUUGAGCGGAAAGAAGCUUUUUAUAAUAUAGAAAACACCAGCUGCUCAAACUUGAA